GAUCUAUAACAUCCUUAAAGAAAUGGAUUUUUUUUGCCUUCGGGCCACAUUGAGACCUCGACCAAAGACUCACAGACCAUGGAAACCAUCAAUUUGUACAUGGUUUGUUCAAGAUAAAUUUACAGAGUACUGUUUCAUGGAUGGACACAAUAUACGUUUGAAGAGCAGUAAUGAAUUUUCAAUCUUUCACGAUCUCAAGAAAUUAUUUAAGAAUUAG